GCAUGUGGCAACCACACGUCUUCGCAGUUCUUCUAUUCUCUUCUCCAGGUACUCUCUCUCUCUCUCUCUCUCUCUCUCUCUCUCUCUCUCUCUCUCUCUCUCUGCUUUCGAUUUUCAUUUUUCAAUAGCAUGAUUUUCUUUUCCCAAUUCAAUCGUAUUUGUUUUCUAUUCAAUGAAGAAAAUCGAUUCAUUUUUCGUUAGGUUUUUCUAUUCAUACAUUCAUACCUCACAUUUUCUGGAUUUUUCCGAUUCUUUCAAUUAUUUAGUAUAUUCAUUCGUUGGUAGCUACUGGAUUAAUUACCCUUAUUCAUUUUAAUUAUUCAUUAAAUCAUCAUUAUCUAUUAUACUAAUUCAUGUGUAUUUGUAGCUCUAGAAGCUUCCAAUCCUUGACAUUGUAUAUGUAAUAAUUUGAUGUGAAAAUGAAACAAUUUGUAAAUAAUGUUUAUUGUUUUUAAGUUCCUCUAACAAGUCUAUAUUGUUAAUUUUUUCUAAGCUUAUAGCUUCUUUGUGGAUAAAACAAUUAUGCAGACACCGGUCACUGAGAAAUGGCGACACUCGAGAAAAUUAGAUAAUUCAAUGUAAUAAUAUGUGGUAUUGUCGUGCUGGACACCAACACAUGUCCAACACCGGGACAUGCCUAAUCCAAGCGGUGUUUGUGUUGCAUAGCAAAAAACUGCUUCAUUUUGAUUCGCCAAGCUGGUGACUUUUUUUUUUUUUUUGUGUAAAUCGGGUAUCCUCUGCGCGCAACUGCAGUGACUAAUCCCUCGAGCCUUGUGGGACCCAAAUGGGUGGCAAACUCUCCCUUAGAGUUCUAACACUGGCCAAGCUGGUGACUGAUGGUGAUGAUUAUAAUUUUUUGUUUAAUUUAGAACACUGUGAUUAAGAGGAUGGAAAAAAUAAUGUUUUAUUGUUAUCUCAUUCUCUUCCCCUUGAAGCUUUUACUACCUUUGUUGAUGCUAAUUAUGUUGUUGUUCAACUUCAUUCACUUUUAGAUUUUUUCAUUGUUGCUAGAAGAAAUUGUUUCAACAAAAGGAGGAAAUGGACUUCUUUUUCAAGGGAAUGAAUAGAGAUGAAUCUGAUUGCCCCUUUGAUGUGAGAGAUAUCCAGAGGUGCCCGUUUUUGAGAAAUAUCGCUGAACCUACAAACUUCUCUUUCUCUCCGACGAAAAUCUCCAUUCCCGUGCGGGGAGCCACGGGUCCCAUAUUUGAAGAUGGUCCGAGUUUUGAUAUGGCUUUUAAGCUAUUUCACGGGAAAGAUGGUGUCGUUCCUCUCUCUGAGAGAUCUGACUUUCAUAGUGCCAACAAGGAAGCUGAUUCUAUGCCUAUUUUUAACCCUUUGGCUGGAAAAGCUGCUACCAUUAGUCUAUCACCCUUUGGACUAGGUGGCCCAUUUAAUUUUGGAGAUUUUUCCGAGAAAUGGAAGAAACCAAAGAAGUCUGAAUCAUCAAACAAAAAGGAACCAUCAUCUCAGAAAGGAGAUAUAUCAAAGCAUGAAGCACUUGGAAAUGAAUGGUUGACAAAGGGAAACUGCCCAAUCGCCAAGUCAUAUAGAGCUGUAGGCCGUGUUCUUCCCCUUGUUGCGACAGCUUUGAAGCCACCAACUGCCAUGAAAUUUAAAUGCCCAGCAGCAGUUGUUGCGGCAAGGGCUGCCCUUGCACGUACAGCCUUUGUUAAAAACUUGCGACCUCAGCCACUUCCUGCAAAAAUGCUUGCUAUUGCAGCGUUGGGAAUGGCUCUUAAUGUACCUUUGGGUAUGUGGAAGGAACAUACCAAGAAAUUCUCGUUGUCUUGGUUUGCAGCUGUGCAUGCUGCUGUACCCUUUAUCGCCAUGCUUCGAAAAUCAGUACUGAUGCCUAAAGCAGCAAUGGUAUUGACCAUCGCAGCUUCUAUCCUCGGGCAGGUUAUUGGCUCGAGAGCUGAGCGUAUCCGAAUGAAAGCAAUAGCUGAGAUGGGAAAAGUGACGACAGUAACAGAAACCACAAGCAGUGUCCCAAUCUAUAGUCCCAGGCAGCUUGAUGACAUUAGGACCAGUCGCUGUAGUGCAGAAGGAAUGGUUCUCAACUCAAUUCCCGUAAAGGAUGCUGGUACGAGUUCAACUGCCAAUACAUGUUAUUGACGUAUAAAAUCAAUUCAAGUUUGAUUUUAAAUAAUAUUGAUGAUCUGAACUGAAAUGAUAAGAGAAUGGAUUAUUAAAAUUAGAAAAUCUAUGUACUGUCUAUGUAUACAAAGGAAUCAAGACAUGCAGGUACUAUGCAUGCAAAAUAUACCAUAUUUUGGUUACAAAAAGAAAAAAUUAUCCAUAUUUUGGAGCUGUCAUUGAAGCACCUUGUGCUCGAUUUCCAUUACAA